GGAGCAAAGCCUUUGGACACGCCUUCCUCCAGAGUUACUGCUCAUAUUGCAUGAAAAGAAGAACAGAAGCUCACUUCUGCAUUACUGAAGAGGAACAUGCAUUUCUUCAUCGUGCUUCUCGGGAUUUGGAUCCUCCCAAGGGCGGAUGCUCUGAAAUGUUAUGAGUGCAUACCAGAGCUGGCCGGAGAAGCCUGCACUAAACAGACAGAAUGUUCUUCAGCUCAACAAUGUGCUUCAAUUAGAGAAGUCAACCAUGAAGGUGGUGCUGCAAAAGGUGUUAUUCUCUCAAGGCGUUGUAUUAAGUCUGAUGAAUGCGGCGAAUCUUCCUUCAGCUACGGUGAUGUGAAAACAUAUUUCAAGGUUGAUUGCUGCAACACAGACCUCUGCAACACCAAACCUGCAAGCGAGCCCACCAAAUAUACUCCAAACAAAAUGAAGUGCUUCGGCUGUGUUGGUCUACCAUGCAACAGAACUCUGAACUGUGAGAAGAACCAGGACCGCUGUCUUAUAUCAUCAGUGACUAUUCAAGGAAAGACAACAACUGCAAAAGGCUGUGCUACAAGCAAUAUCUGUUCUAAUCCAACAUUUCUACAGGAGAAUAAAAAUGUAGGUGAAAUAGAAAGAUGCUGCGAGGGCGAAUACUGCAACAGCGCCACCACUGCCACCGCCAGCCUUUUGGCAGUGCCGUUGAUCUCUUUGGUUUUGUUUUCAUAAGUGAUGAAACAGAUGACCUUCUCAUUUUUGUUUGCAUUCUGUCGUGGUGCAACAAAUUAAAUUAAAAUUAAAUGUGUAAAAUAAAUACUCAGUACUUUGAAAUUGUGCAAAACUUAAAAUGUUAUUUUUAGUAGUUUGUACUGUAAAGUUGAUGUUUUU